UAUUGUUAAGGUUUAGUUUUUAAAAGUAGAGCUGAUGAAACUAUAAGUUAUUUCCCGUUAACUAUUGUGACUUGGGGGUCACAUGUAGAAUUUUCUCACUUCACAUUUGGUGUAUUAUCACGUUUUAGCAACGGUUAUUUUACUUCGUUUCCAAGUAAUGCCGAACAAAAUGUGACUAUAGAUUCCACACUGUGCAUUGAUCUUGACAGAACCCAAACGCUUUAUAAUCAGGACACAUGACCUACGUCAGACAGGAGAAAUGUAUUCUUUGGAAGCAUUCAGGUAUAACGGCCAUCUUAAGGUCACUGUUUUUCUGCACAUCUCUUCUCUAACGUUUGCUCCCGUCGCCCGUCGGGGUCCAUGCGAAACGUUUCCCGGUCUGGCGUUGCGGCCGGCAGCUGCGGUGUGCACGGAGGAGCGAUGGACGCGGGCGACUCCGCGGCUCAGGAGUACGAGAGGCUGGCGGAGGUGGGCGAGGGCGCCUACGGGAAGGUGUACAAGGCCCGGGAGACACAGGGCCAGCGGCGCCUGGUCGCCCUCAAGAAGCUCAGCGUGGCCGGCCACGGACGGGACGGCAUCCCCGCAUUCAUGAUCCGGGAGGUGGCGGUGCUCAAGAAGAUCGAUUGUUUCAACCACCCAAACGUAGUCAGGCUGUUCGGAGUGUCAGCGAAGCUGCUGGAGAAGGAGCUGGACCUGACGCUGGUGUUCGAGUACAUUGACCAGGACCUGGCCGUGUACCUGAAGGCGGCCCCGCCCUCUGGCCUGCUCGUCGACACCAUCAAGGACCUGAUGGGACAGCUGCUGAGCGGCCUGGACUUCCUGCACACCAACUUUGUGGUCCAUCGCGACCUGAAGCCAGAGAACAUCCUGAUCACCAGCAGGGGGCAGCUGAAGAUCGCCGACUUCGGCCUGGCCCGGCUCUACAGCUUCCACAUGGCCCUGACGCCAGGGGUUGCUACCCUGUGGUACAGAGCUCCAGAAGUUCUGCUGUACUCCAGCUACCUCCCCUCUGUGGACAUGUGGAGCACCGGCUGCAUUCUCGCGGAGCUCUAUCUCCUCCGGCCAUUAUUUCUUGGAUAUUCCGACAUACAGCAGCUCCACAAGAUCUUCGAGGUCAUCGGUCUGCCCCGGGAGGAGGAGUGGCCCGCACAGGCUCCCCUGCAGUACUCGUCGUUCUGGGAGAUGUCCGAUAUCGUAGACCCAGUGGUCCAGAACAUGGACGAGCAAGGCAGCGACCUGCUGUUGAAGUGCCUGCUCUUCAGUCCGGCGAAACGGAUUUCGGCUGCAGAAGCCCUGCAUCACCCUUUUCUUUCCUCGCGUGCUCCCCCUCGCUGGAAGGAGAGAGUGUCUGCAAACUAAGCAGCGCAGAGAGCACAGCCAGACCAGCAGCAGCUGACAGGACGCCAAGGGAUUGGGAAGCAAGCAGUUUUAAGUUUUUUUCCAUGUCGAAUUGAUUUGGUUUAAUAAAUAACAGGCCUUAUGUGUUCAUCUAUAAUUAAAUGUGUUCAUUUUCAUUAAAUCUUUUGCAGCUAUCAGGUUUGAAAUAUGCAGUACUUUCUGGACAUAACAAUGCAUCUGUGUCAAAAACAACUUCAGCAGCAGAAGUGGAACCCUGACACACACUGUCAGACAGCAUGACAAUCUGUGAGCCUAAUUCCAGCUCUGAAAUAGGGGUUCCUAUAUUUUUUGUUUUUGUUUGUAUUUUAUUUUUAUAGACCUGAGAAAGAGGUGAGAAAUCGGAUGGUGAUACUAUGGGAUUAGAGCGAUUCAUCUCGGUUUUACCUGAUGCUAGUGUCACUCUUCACUGUUUGAACCUCCUCUCAAGUGGAUUUUGGUAGAGUUUUAGCGAAGACCUGUAAAAACAUUCUUAAUAUCAAUCCCAGAUUUCCAAAGUGCCCCAUGAUGGGAGGAGCCUCGUAAUGGGAAAAUGUAUUUGGGAUGAACACUUGGCAGGUGAGUUUGUGCGUUGAUUGAUCUGGGCUGUAGUUUGACUUUGGGCGGCUCGAGAUUAUUCAGCUCUGAAGAUUCAAGUGAAAAGUGUGUUAUUCGUUUUAUGUUUUCCCGAGAGUUUUGAUAAUGGAGUGUUUAUAGAAUAGAUGAGAUGCUGUGUAAUUCGAGAAAUGCUGGAGAGAGUAAUUACCCACUGUUUUUCUAGACUGCAUACAUAUGUUGCAGGAUAUUGUAAGACUGUAGCACACUGCCUGUUCCAUUUCUGCCAGUGCUGACAUUUGUAUCUUUUGGUUGUUAUAUUGUUUUGUUGUUUUGUAAAUGCUUUGUGAAGUUUUAUUUGUUAAUGAGAUUUUAAUAAUAGAAACAUUCUCUGGAAACACAGGGUUCUGUGUUUAUGGGGACUCACUGUGCACUGCAGGACACCUGAUGUUUAUCUUUUCAACUAUUGUCAUUUUAUCCGAAGUAGAAACCUUUCUUUCUUCUGUUCCUGUUGUGCUGUACAUUUUAUGUGGUGUUAGUUAAUAAAAUAAAUAGCAGCUUUA